GUUUGCUCGUUGUGAAGAGAGACUGGGUCUGGUGGAGCAGAGUUUGUCUUCUACCCAGGACCAGCUGAGUGCCCGAGUGUCGGAGGUUGUCAGACUAGAGAAAUCAAAUCGUAGAUUGCAAUUGGAGUUGAAGAGCACCAAUGAUCAACAAGAAGUACAAAACAGACAGAUCGGAGAGCUAGAAGGAUACUUGGAGCAGUUGAAGGCAGACUUGCAAGUGGCUCAACAGAGACACCAGGCAGCCGUCGAAGAGGCGGCUGCUUACGAGGACAAGGCAAGAAGACUGGAGAUAGAUCUGGAGACUUCCCAGAAAGAAAACCAAGUCAUUAGUGAACAGUUUAAUGACCAACUGGAAAGUGCGCGGGAACUGGAAACCCAACAAGCACAACUAAGAGGACAAAUACAGGAAGCCCAGAAGCACAUUCGUCAUUGUCAAAACGUGAUGGAGGAUCAAGAACACAAAAUCUCGUCCUAUAUUGAACAACAGGAAGAUAUGAAAUCCAUGAUUCGAGACAAAGAGAAAGCGAAUGGUCAGCUGCGGGAAGAGCUCGGUGGAGUAUUAGAGAAAAACAAAAACAUCAUGGAAGAGAUCGCAGCUCGUGAUGCUGAUAUACGGGUUCUAAAAACUGACCUGAACUCGGCGCAGAAGAAAAUCAAGAACCACUCAAAUGAGGUUAAACGCUAUGAGGAAACACUCCACCAAUUUCAGAAAGACUUAGAGCGUGCGCAAGAGAACCACAGGAAUGCCUCAAUGCAGAUUGGAAACCUCGAAAAAAAUGUGCAAAACUUGAAGGUACAGCUUGCUGGUGCACACGGCAAUCACAAGGAAGCCAUGGAUCAGCUGGCACAGCGAUCUAAAAACUUAGCAAAUGUUAAAAUGGAGUUAGCAACAACAAAGCAAAAAAACCAGGCUAUGGACGAACAGAUCUUAGGGCUGGAGGAAAAAGUUCGGAAAUUGAAGACGGACCUGAAAAGAUAUCAGGACAAAACCAAACAUGCUGACGGAGAGAUCCAACAGUACGCCAGGAAUAUAGACGAAUUAAAAAGUCAGCUUGGGGUUUCUCAAGACAAACUUCACAAGCAAUCUCAAGAAGCGUCCAGAAGAGAUGAGCAGCUAGUGGUUCUCAAAGUUGAGUUGGCAACGCUACAGGAGAAACAUCGCCUUGUACAAGAUGAGAAUGACAAACUCAAGCAUGAAUUUCACAUAUCGCGACAGCAGCAUCAGAGCUGCAUGGAAGAGGUCCAAACCCUUCGCGUAUCUCUAGAGGAUGCUCGAGCAAAUGGCGAUCGGUUACAUCGUGAAAGCGAACUUGUUGUGGAAAAUGUCAACAGCUGGGUGAAGGAACAGAAGGAAGGGAACGAAAGGCUAGCCGGAAGAUUGAGAGAGCAAGAAGGACGAAUUUCUGCUCUACAGUCGGAUAAAGAACAACUUGCUGAGUCAACAGAAUCACUGAAAAAGGAGAAUGCUGUGAUGAAGGCUGAAUUAGAGGAAAGAAGAAUGGAUAGUGAACGAUUAAAGUCCCUCCAGUCGCAUUCUGCUCAGCAACAGGUGCUGCUUCAUCAACUCCGCAAUCGUCUUCAGGAAUAUGAGAACGACCAAAACACCGAAGCGAUGAGCAAGGCUCACGCCAUUGAAGAUCUUCACAGUCGAUUGAAGUCAAACGUGGAAAGUAUUCAACAACUCAACCAACAGCUUAACUCAUUAAACAAAGAAAAUCUUCGUCAAAGACAUAUUAUAGAUAGAGAAGCUGCAGCCAGGAAGAGCCUACAACUUCAAUUAGAAUCACGUGAUCAAACUGUAAUGGCUCUUAAAGCUCAAGUGGAGUCGUACAAAUUUGC